AUGAAUUUACAACUGAUAUUCUGGAUUGGACUGAUCAGCUCAGUUUGCUAUGUGUUUGGUCAAACAGAUGAAAAUAGAUGUUUAAAAGCAAAUGCAAAAUCAUGUGGAGAAUGUAUACAAGCAGGGCCAAAUUGUGGCUGGUGCACAAACUCAACAUUUUUACAAGAAGGAAUGCCUACCUCUGCUAGAUGUGAUGAUUUAGAAGCUUUGAAAAAAAAAGGUUGCCAUCCAAAUGACAUAGAAAACCCUAGAGGCUCCAAAGAGAUAAAAAAAAAUAAAAAUGUAACAAAUCGUAGCAAAGGUACAGCAGAGAAGCUCCAGCCAGAAGAUAUUACUCAGAUUCAGCCACAGCAUUUGGUUUUGCAGUUAAGAUCAGGGGAACCACAGACAUUUACAUUAAAAUUUAAGAGAGCUGAAGACUAUCCCAUUGAUCUCUACUACCUUAUGGACCUCUCUUACUCAAUGAAAGAUGAUUUGGAGAAUGUGAAAAGUCUUGGAACAGAUCUCAUGAAUGAAAUGAAGAGAAUAACUUCAGACUUCAGAAUUGGGUUUGGCUCAUUUGUGGAGAAAACUGUGAUGCCUUAUAUUAGUACAACACCGGCUAAACUCAGGAAUCCUUGCACAAGUGAACAGAACUGUACAAGCCCCUUUAGCUACAAAAAUGUUCUUAGUCUUACUGAUAAAGGAGAAGUAUUUAAUGAACUUGUUGGUAAACAGCGCAUAUCUGGAAAUUUGGAUUCUCCAGAAGGUGGUUUUGAUGCAAUCAUGCAAGUUGCAGUAUGUGGGUCAUUGAUUGGUUGGAGGAAUGUUACACGGCUGCUGGUGUUUUCCACGGAUGCUGGCUUUCACUUUGCUGGAGAUGGGAAACUGGGUGGCAUUGUUUUACCAAAUGAUGGACAGUGUCACCUGGAGAAUGAUGUGUACACAAUGAGCCAUUAUUAUGAUUAUCCUUCUAUUGCUCAUCUUGUUCAGAAGCUCAGUGAAAAUAACAUUCAGACAAUUUUUGCAGUUACUGAAGAAUUUCAGCCAGUUUAUAAGGAACUAAAAAAUUUGAUUCCUAAAUCGGCAGUAGGAACAUUAUCUGCAAAUUCAAGCAAUGUAAUUCAGCUGAUCAUCGAUGCAUACAAUUCCCUUUCCUCAGAAGUCAUUUUGGAAAACAGCAAAUUGCCAGAAGGAGUAACAAUAAAUUAUAAAUCUUACUGCAAAAAUGGAGUGAACGGAACAGGGGAAAAUGGAAGAAAAUGCUCCAAUAUUUCCAUUGGAGAUGAGGUUAAAUUUGAAAUUAGCAUAACUUCAAAUAAAUGUCCAACCAAAACUUCAGAAACUAUUAAAAUUAAGCCUCUGGGUUUCACUGAAGAGGUGGAGAUUGGUCUUCAGUUCAUCUGUGAAUGUGAAUGCCAGAAUGACGGUAUCCCUAAAAGUCCAAAGUGUCAUGAAGGAAAUGGGACAUUUGAGUGUGGAGCUUGCAGGUGCAAUGAGGGACGUGUGGGUAGACACUGUGAAUGCAGCACAGAUGAAGUUAACAGUGAAGACAUGGAUGCUUACUGCAGGAAAGAGAACAGCUCAGAAAUCUGUAGUAACAAUGGAGAAUGUGUCUGUGGACAGUGUGUCUGCAGGAAGAGGGACAAUACAAAUGAAAUUUAUUCUGGCAAGUUCUGCGAGUGUGAUAAUUUCAACUGUGAUCGGUCCAAUGGCUUAAUUUGUGGAGGAAAUGGUGUUUGCAAGUGUCGUGUGUGUGAAUGCAACCCAAACUACACUGGGAGUGCCUGUGACUGUUCUUUGGAUACAACUUCAUGCAUGGCCACAAAUGGACAGAUCUGCAAUGGACGGGGCAUCUGUGAAUGUGGUGUCUGUAAAUGUACAGAUCCCAAAUUCCAAGGGCCAACAUGUGAGAUGUGUCAGACCUGCCUUGGUGUCUGUGCUGAACAUAAAGAAUGUGUUCAGUGCAGAGCCUUUAAUAAAGGAGAAAAGAAAGAUACGUGUGCACAGGACUGUUUACGCUUCAACAUUACCAAGGUAGAAAAUCGGGACAAAUUACCCCAGCCUGGCCAGGUCGAUCCCCUGUCCCACUGUAAGGAGAAAGAUGUGGAUGACUGCUGGUUCUAUUUUACAUAUUCUGUGAAUGCAAACAACGAAGCCAUUGUUCAUGUUGUGGAGACUCCAGAGUGUCCCACUGGUCCAGACAUAAUUCCAAUUGUUGCUGGUGUUGUUGCUGGAAUUGUUCUUAUUGGCCUUGCGUUGCUGCUGAUUUGGAAACUUCUAAUGAUAAUUCAUGACAGGAGGGAAUUUGCUAAAUUUGAAAAAGAGAAAAUGAAUGCCAAAUGGGACACGCAAGAAAAUCCGAUUUACAGGAGUCCUAUUAAUAAUUUCAAGAAUCCAAACUAUGGACGUAAAGCUGGUCUCUAAGUCGCCGGUGAAAAUCCUAUUUAUAAGAGUGCCGUGACAACUGUUGUCAAUCCAAAGUAUGAGGGAAAAUGAACACUGCUUGUCCAAAUUUCACAACACUGAAUGCAAAGUAGCAAUUUUCAUAUUCAUAGUAAGGUAGCGUUAAGGUAAUAAUUGCCAUGGUUUUUAUUCAUGUGCAGUUUUAAAAACUGUAUAAUAUGUAUAAUUGUUUUUAUUUUUAUUAUUUUGAAAAUAAUGUCAUAAUCAAUGCCAGGGACUGACAGAAGACUUGAGAUGGGAUGAUUAUCCUUGUCAGCAAAGGUCACAUUGUGCCUUUUUGAUCUUUUCCUCCUGGACUUUGAAAUCAAGCUCUUACUGGCUUACGUGGUAUUUUUAAAGUGGAAAGAACAAUAGAUAAAAGCAUCACUAUGUUGGGAGUUUUAUUAAUCAAAUAUUACAUUUUAUUUUUAGCUUUACAGAUAUGUCAGAACCUAUAUUUUCCAGUUAAGCCGAAAAUGGAAAGUAAAUGUGCUGUUAGCUAGCUUAGAAUUACUUUAUUAUUUUGCUGUUUACCUAUCAUGACUGAUGACAUAUCUGAAAAUUGAGUAUAUUUGAACUUAUAGAUAUAAAAUAGCUUUGGUAUAAUGUGCAAAGGCCAUGGGAAGAAUUCAGAGAGUUAGGAAGGAAAAACAAAUAGCUUUAAAAACCUGUGUGUGCCAUUUUAAGAGUUACUUGAGCUUGGUAACUUUUAUGCCUUCUCUUUAUAAAUUCAAGCCUUGGAUAAAAGUACUGGGGAAUAUUCUGCAAAAAAAGUCCUUGAUUUAGCAUUAUUUCAGAUAGACUUUAAUUUUGUAGUGUUUGCUGAAUGGGGACCUUUUUGGUUUUACUCUUUUCAUUUUGUUAAAAGCCUGGUGCUUUUUAUCACCUCUUCUAAUCUUUUAAUAUAUUUAAGUUUUUUAAUAAGCCUUUUUUUUUCCAAUCAGUGUAUUUUCUUUGAAAGUUUGGCUGUAAAUUUGCCUUUUUAAAUGAAUAUGUGACACGUACUGUAGCUUAUGCAACAACUAUCACUUAAGCAAGUCAGUUUUCAAUUAGUGCCAUAACAGACCACUGUACAUGUACCUUUCCUUGUUUGAGUUGCCUGUCUUGUUUCAUACUAGCCACAUUCUUGUUUUAAGUGCCUUUUAAUUUUAACAGUUCACUUUUUACAGUGCUAUUUACUGAAGUUAUUUAUUAAAUAAAAAUGCCUAAAAUAUGAAAAUUGGAUGUUUUGACUCUCUAUUGGUGUCUUUGUCAAUUUGCAUGUAUAAAAUUGUUAAAGAUUAAAGAGGUUGAGGAGAA